CUAAUUUCAUUCUUAUGUUUUCUCUCCACACAAUCAACACAAUCAGCUCCCCAUGAAACUCAAAAGAUACGAACCCUAACCCCUUCCUUCUGCCGAUAUGCGUAACCCCAUUGAUUUCAUAUAUACAUGGAAUCGAUCCUAUGCGUUCUACUUCUGCUGAUAUGGAAUCGAUCCUAUGCGUAACCCCAGGAAGCCUUGAGAGGCACCACGUCGACCAUCAACAAUUUUCGAUCCUGUGUGUUCUACUUCAGAUGCAGAUGAAAUAUGUUGAAGCUCGAUUAGGAGAUCGAGUUCUUUAUGCAGGGUCAUUUUCUUCCCACUUUUCCUAUUUCAUGUUGUUGUUGCCAGAGGAAGAUUCUCAUUACCUGCACCAUCAGUUCCCCAUGUCUGUGAUGUAUUAUCUCUUUCUUUUUCUUCCUUUUCAUCAUCAUUUUUCAUUCACUUUAAUAUGGAAUACUUUUUCUUUAUCUUUUAUGCAGUGGGAACCAUGUCAUGCAGUUGUUGCCACACCUUUGCUUAUUGCAUUUGAACUGCUUCUUUUCAUCUAUCUUGAAAAUAGCCAUGUUACUAAGCCUCCACCUUUAAGCCUGCAGAUUGUCUUCCUUCCUCUGUUGGCAUUUGAAGUAACCAUUCUGAUAGAUUUUUUCCAUCUUUCCUUUACUACAGGUGCUUCACUUGCUGUUGUUGUGGAUGCUGUCAGAAAAGGUGCAGCUGCAUAA